AUGAUAAACAUUAAUACAAACUCGAAAAAUGAAACACAUGAAGGAAGAAAAAAAAAAUCGCCAUCCAUUUUAACGUUAUGUGCAAUUGCAAAUUUUAAUCACAAGAAUGUAAGGCUAGUUAAACUUACUACUUUUGUAAGCAUUGUGCUCCUGUCCUUGUUAUUCCUCAAUUGUCAUUCCUCCCUCUGCAACGGUAAGAAAUAUGGUAGCGACGGUGACGCAUUUCAAGGUGAAUUAAGUCUACCAAAUGGAAGGAUCUUAGCCAACAAAGAAACGUUUAAUGCAAAACCAGACAGCUUUUUCACAUUUAAGGAUGAAAACGAUGAGAAACUCCGAAGAGGUUAUUCGCCAUAUUUGAAAGUCUACACUAAUAUAAAUGAUCUAAAUGAACUAAGUGUAAAAUCGUUUGAAAUAUGGAAAAAAGUAAUUCAAAAUAUGAAAGAUUAUUUCUAUUCAGAAACAAUUCAAAUGGAUGAAAGAUGGAGAAAUUAUAUGUGGACAAUGGUAUGGGAAAACCAUUACAUAAAAAACGUACAUCGUAUCAUUAAUAAUGUUCUUCAAGACUUAAACAAUACAGUAGCAAAAAAAGAAAACAUAAUUAACACCUGGUUCCUGAUGUGUGAAGAGGACCUAGAAUUUUUCCUCGAAUGUGUUAACGAACAGUGGCUCAAGGUGGUUUCGAAUAAACACAACAAAACUGUCCAGGGUGAGCAAACGAUGAUUGAAGAUGCCAAAAAUGUGAAGAACCAAUUCGAAAAAAAACUUGUAACAAGGAUGUAA